AUGGUCGCCAACAAGCAACUCGCCGCCUUCUUCUACAACUUGCGUGGCCAAGGCCUGUUCAGCUGCAACUUAUGUAACAGCGUGCGCAAACAGUUGGCUGGGUCAGGUUACUCCAAUCUGGUGGCACACCUGGGAUCGAAGCGCGCUGGCUACGAGGCAACGUACGCAUCGCUCCAGGCCAGCUCGGAUCGAUCUCUUCCAGCGUUCGGCUUCGUCGCAGAGAAAGCCAGCCAUCUCUUCCAAUGGGUCCGUUGGAUCAUCGAACGCAACAUGCCCGUCCACGAAGUCGAAGAUGCACCAUCAGCAAGCUCCGACCUGUGA